AGUUAAGAACCACGUCAAAGUCAACGAGAUCCAUCAAAUUGUGAGGGAGGAAGAAAAAGUUUAUCUGUGAAAAUCUACGAAAAAGACGAAAAUUAGUGAAUUGAGGAGAGAUUGCAAAGAUUCCGGGGGAACUGAUCAGAUACAUUAUGAUAAGGAUUCCAUCAAUCUUCAUCAAUUUGCACGCAUCUUCCGCAACUUCUUCUGUUAUUCGAUUCUCUGACCGUGAACUAUCUUGCGACUAAAGCCGUUUUUGGGCAUAAAUUGAGAGAGAUUUUCACGGGACAAUGUCAACAACUGUUGCCGCCGGCGAUGAGGAAAGUGACGAAGAGUCUUCUUCUUCCUGCCACACGGCUGCUGAGAAUGCAUCAAAUGAGACACUCUUGGAGGAGUUCAGGACAACGUGGCAGAAGGAAUUGCAGCAGAAUGACCUCACAAAGGGCAUAGAGAGUCUCAAUCUCACCAGUGAGAGUGAUGAGUCCAUUGCAAAGAAGCAUUUCCUGCAGGGAACUGAAUAUGAGCGAAUGGGGAAAGUCUUCGAAGCAAUACGUCACUAUCGGCGUGCUGUACAACUCGUUCCGGACAUUGAAUUUCGCGUGCGACCACUCCUGGCGCAACAGGAUGACGAUGCAGCACCGGCAGAAGCUGGAGAGUCCAUGGAGAGCGAGGAAAUGCCGGAUGUUUCGGAUACAGAAGAGGAUUUAACUGCAGUGGACCUUUCAGUUCGUUUUCAGGGUAUCUUGGGACGUUGUAGGAAAGUCUGUGAGAGAGCUGGGGAUGAGAGAGUCCUGCAAACAUCGAGACAUCUGUCUGAUUUACCCACAGAAAUUAUCCUUUACAUCUUCAAAUGGGUCAUUUCUCGGGAUCUCGAUGUACGAUCACUGGAACAACUUGCUGGCGUCUGCAGGGGAUUCUACAUUUGUGCUCGUGAUUCGGAAUUGUGGCGACUAGCUUGUUCCAAGGUGUGGGGCGUCAGUGUGGGAUCCCCGAAGGCAAUGGGAUACUUAACGUGGCGCCAAAUGUAUCAGGAGAGGCCACGAGUUCACUUCCACGGGUGCUACAUUAGCAAAACAAGCUACUUACGCUACGGAGAGAAUAGCUUCCAAGACCAAUUCUAUCGACCAGUACAUCUCAUUGAGUACUACAGAUAUAUCAGAUUUUUUCCUGAGGGUCGUGUUCUCAUGCUUACAACCCCCGAUGAACCCAUAAAUUGCAUUGGGAAGCUGAGAAAUCGCCAUCCGCACAAAAAAGAAAUUCUUGGUGGUGAGUAUGAGAUGCACGGGGACACCAUUAUGGUUGUCCUGAAGAGAUCCCGUCAGCGCAUCCAGAAAGCAACAGCAACAUCCAAAAGGCACCCACUGUACGGUGAAAGGGACACAAAUACAUUUUAUUUGGAGUUGAAGAUUGCAACAACAGCCAAGAGGAGAUUCUUCCAAUUGGAAUGGAAGCAAUAUUCCGUCAUACAGCACAGGAAUAAAACAGAGGUAGCUACUGAUUUUGAGCUAAUUCCAAAUCAAUAUCCACCAUUGAGAUUCUCUCGAGUCAAGAGCUACCAUGCUGAAUCCGAUGCUCCACUAUAGAUUGCAAAAAACAAGGAGUUUAACUUCUUAAUUUUUAAAAAUUAUAAUAUUUUGGUGAUUUGUUUCCACUGGAAAUUAAAUAAAAUCAAUUUUUCUUUCUUGAAA